CGAGCACAUGAUGGGAAUCAACCAAUGGCUCCACUGCACUCCUCGGGGGCCCCGUGUGUGUGCGCGUUUCUGAAGAAGAAAGAGUGAAACGGCAAAAGAAACCCUCGAAGAAUCCCAUUAAUCUCCUCCGAAACACGGAAAGAAAGGAGCGGAAACCUCAGGCCAUCCCAUGUAUGCUACGUUAGUCCGACCACUUUUCCGUCGCGACAAAAUCAUUUCUUUCACGAGAAGCGCGUGAAAUGUGAAUGAGGAUUAUAAUGAGACCCAUUCAUGCGCUGCAGAAGGUUUGUUUGAAAUCGACAAAGGUCUGUUUUGGCAGAUUGCAUGCGAAAAGUAGACGUUGUUGUUAAAUUUCUACGCAUUUCGCAAAGUUCUUCAUGUUUACGGAGAAUGCUCGCAGAGUUUGUGCACUGCUUCGUACCUCGUGCGGUGUCUUUACAGCUAUCCUGUUGCCACAGUGUUGAUAUUUUGUAGCAUCGGAGUCUAAUGUUGGGCUUCGCUCAGGCUCUGCUCGGCUGUGCAUGUAAGCACAGAUCAUUGAUGUCGGACUGCGAGCGCAGGGCCGUUCGGAGUCUCCGCGGUUCUGACCAAACAUAGGAAACACGGAUGUAAACUGCCUAAACUGUCGUAUGUUCAGGACGAGACGCACGGGUCUGGUUCGGCGACUCUGGAGAAGCCGUUUGAUCACCGCGGGGAACGAUGGAGGUGUGGAUGACUGGAGCGACUGCAACCCGGAGAAAAUUUCCAGGACGGAAUACGCACCGGGAAACGACGGGGCCUUUUGCGGCAGACGCGGAGGGGAAAGCGGGGAACCGGGCGAACACGACGGCGAGGGCAUGUGUGCGCAAAGCCCCCAGAGCGAGGAGAGCGAGGGCAAGACGGUGACAUGUUGUUUGUUUAAAGACCUUUCAAGAGGCAGUCAGGGCAAAAGCAGAUUUAGUUGUCAUGUGGAGCAAAGAAACAACAGCACUUGCGCUUUGAGUGCCAGGGAACGGAAACAUGUGACAGAGCAAGAACUCAAGAAGUGCACGUAUGCCUUUCUAAAGAAGUUAAAAGAAAAGUCUCUGGAGGUUUUACUGGAGGCUGUGGAAUCUAACGGUGGGAUGCUCAGUGGAUGUGUUCUGGUAUCACAGACUGAGGUGAGGAUUGGUGGUCAGCUGGUGUCUCCAAAGUACCUGCUAUGUAGGUUGUUCCGCUGGCCCGACCUGCGGCUCUCCUCUGCCCUCAAACCCCUGUGUUACUGCCAGAGCUUCAGAGCCGAGGACCAGACUGUCUGCUGCUGCAACCCCUAUCACUACAGCCAACUCUGUGGACCAGUUAAAGAUGACACACCACCUCCUCCCUACUCCCAUCUCGCUUCCCUACCCGAACACAAGCCACUGAAUUCUUCCCUCCCGUUGCUGCCUUACACAGAAACUGAAGCCACAAAUUCACCUGAUGGCAUGUCACAGGAUUAUUCAGAUGGCAGCCUGUCUCUGUCCUCCCUGGCACAAAACCACUGGUGUAACGUGGCGUACUGGGAGCUCCGCACACGCGUAGGCCGCCUGUACCCAGUUCGUGACCUUUCUCUCAGCAUCUUUUAUGAUCUACCUCAGGGUACAGGCCUGUGCUUGGGCCUGCUCCCCCUCCCGUCCCGUCCCACCUCCGUCCAGCGCACCCGAAGCAAGAUCGGCCACGGCAUCCUCCUCAGCAAAGAACCCGAUGGAGUUUGGGCCUACAACCGCAGUCAGCACCCCAUAUUUGUGAAUUCACCGACUCUAGAGCAUCACCCCUAUCUCAGCCUGACUGUCAGGAGAGUCAUGCCGGGCUACUCUAUAAAAAUUUUUGACUACGAGAAGUCGUGCCAAAUUCUACCCCCCGGCAAUUCGGCACACCGGGAAGGGCCCUAUGACCCGAACAGCGUGAGGAUCAGUUUCGCCAAGGGCUGGGGACCGUGCUACUCAAGACAGUUUAUUACAUCGUGUCCAUGCUGGCUAGAGAUUUUGCUCAACAACCACAGAUAGCAUACGGUGCACAUGCGAACAAACUCUAAACCGUUUAUCCGUAACACAUCCUGCACAUGUUCACUACAUGCACUCACAACCACGAUCCCAAAUGUAAUCUAUCUAAAUUUAAUAUAAAGUUUUAUAUAAACGUAUUAUAUGGAAUACUUGUAAAUACUGAGUCAUUUUUACAGCAUAAUUAUUUAUGUAUGGUGCAGUGUCUUUAUGGAUGAAGAGAGGAAAUAAAAACUAAGGAAAUGCA